UCUGCUCCGCCCCGCCUGCAGGUGUUUCAGAAUCGUCCGCAAUGGAAGUGGUUAAGGACAUCACGGAGACGGCAGCCGUGGACCUGGGGGACCUCCUGGACGCCGGGGACGACGCCGUGGUGAUACUCGAGGCAGGCGACACGCGACUGUUGGCGCACAGGGCCGUCCUGGCGGACAGGAGCCCUGUGUUCGCCGCCAUGUUCGGCCACGACACCCUCGAGGCCAGCAGCGGCGCGGUGAGCAUCCCGGACGUGGGGGGCCCGGUGCUGAGGCAGCUGGUCUCCUACCUGUACACCCUGCGGGCCCCCCAGCUGCCCGGCAUGGCCCCCCAGCUGCUGGCAGCAGCGGAUAAGUACGGGGUGUCGCGGCUGAAGGCAGAGUGCGAGCGGCAGGUGGCCGCUCAGCUGACCGUUGAGACGGCGGCGGCCGCAGCCGUCCUCGCAGUCCGCCACUCCUGCAGUGACCUCAGGCGAACCGCCAUCGAAUUUAUUAAGGCACGUACCCACGAGGUGAUGGCCACUCAGGGGUGGACAGAUGCGAUGCUUCAUCAACCAAAAGACUUGGUCAAAGUGAGCCGGUUGCUGUACGAUCCACCACCACAAAGCAGCACACCAGCCGUCACCGCCACUACCGCCACUGCCACCACCACCACCACCGCCACCAUCGCCACCACCGCCACCACCACCACUGCCAACGCACCCCGCCAGACACCUGCUGCAGCUGCACUUCCCACAUCUCCUCCACCUGGAGAAGCCACUGUCUCUCGCAUGCGGUGA